ACUUCCACUCUCAAUCCUUUCCUCUUCAACAUUAAAGGUUCUAUCUAGCACUACCUAGAGAAAAAAUUUUCUUGAUGGCUGAGUUCACAGAUUAUUUGCAGAAGUUGAGACCUAAUUCUUACCAACCUUUUACAGAUAUGGAAAUGGGCAUACAAACGUUUAAGCAACUUCCAGAGCUAAAUCCAAAUACUUUCAAUAUUUCCGAUUUCUCAUUAGACUCUUUCUUGGCGCACCACCACCACCACCACUGCCAUACACAACCUGAUCAAUUUCCUGCAAACUAUGCUCAUAAUAGCCUUUCAAAUGCUUUAAACCAUCCUGAUAUCUUGAACUCAGCACAUAUCCUUCAUUCUGUCAACUCUGCUUCAAGCCAAAAUAUUUUUCCUGACAACAAUAAGAAAAGAAAAGCAGAAGCACAAUCAACUAGCGGUUCUCAGAUUUGUUCUCCAUCCGCCUCUACUGUAAUAACUAGUACAAAGAAAAAAAAUAAUUUAGACAAAGGUAAGAAAUGGAAGAACAAAGAAAGAGGAGGAGUUGAGAAAAUGGAAGAAGUUAUUCAUGUUAGAGCUAAAAGAGGCCAAGCUACUGAUAGUCAUAGCAUAGCAGAAAGGAAAUGUUCUCAGGUCAGAAGAGAAAAAAUUAACAAGAAGUUGAGAUGUUUGCAAGACCUUGUUCCUGGAUGUCACAAGUCAAUGGGAAUGGCAGUUAUGCUGGAGGAGAUAAUUAACUAUGUCCAUUCAUUGCAGAAUCAGGUUGAGUUUCUCUCUAUGGAGCUUGCAGCAGCAAGUUGUUGUUAUGACCUCAACUUGGAAACAGAAUCUUCUAAAAAGGUUCAGGUUACAAGUUCAUCUGGGGCACAGGAGACACAGAAAUGGUUGAGAGAAGGAUAUGGAGAGCUGAGUUAUUACCAGUCUACAUGGUCCGUUUGACUCCAUUUUUGGCUAUUACUCUUUUUGUUGUUUGCUAGAAAGCACAUGAAAAGCUUCCUAUCUCUCUCUCUUUUUUUUUUUUUUUUUU